CCCUAAGGCUACCGGGUCCACCGCCCCCGAAAGCCUCGCCUCCUGCCGCAUAAAAAACAGCACCGAUCGAGCGAGCAAGCCGCCUCACCACCACACCAGAUUUGUUUCGUCCGGGUGAACGCAUCCACCUCCCUCCCCUCCCUCCCCUCGCCGUCCACCAUUCACCGUCGUCCCCGAUCUCCUUCGCUAGCUGCUGCUCCAGUCCCGCGACCGACCUCCUCCUUCGUGCAGCGCUGCACCAGCUAACUAGUCGCACGCGGCGGCUGCCUUCCCUUCGUCCUCGGCCGUCCGGAUCUGAACGAACUGGUCUCUCAAUAACAAGGAAACACCUUAGGGAAUGCAGAAAGAUGUGCUUGCAUGUUAAAGAGUCACCUUGUGAGGGACUUGGCAGGGUAGCCACCCGUACCUCUUCUUUGCCGCCUCUUGAUGACAUUGGGGCCCAAGAACACACGCAGCUCUUGCUCCUUGUGCUUCUGCACAAUGGGGUUCGACGUGGCAGCUCAACCAUCUUCUUAGAGCACCACCUCGGAGGAGACGGUUGAAGUCUUCAAAAACAAUUUGCAGGCUUCUCGUGAGUCCGUUGGUUUCAAGUCUUGGAUCAGUCCGGCCUUUUGUGUACUAGCAGUAUACAUUCGGUGUGAUGGCGGAACAGAAAGGAAAUGUUUUGAUGCAGAAGUAUGAGAUGGGAAAAAUGCUUGGACAAGGAACCUUUGCCAAAGUCUACCGUGCCCGUAACACAAAGACCUCUGAAAGUGUCGCGAUCAAGGUGAUCGACAAAGAGAAGGUUAUGAAGGUUGGCCUCAUCGAUCAGAUCAAGAGGGAAAUCUCUGUCAUGAAGCUUGUGAGACAUCCCAACAUUGUGCAGCUAUAUGAGGUUAUGGCUACCAAAACCAAGAUAUACUUUGUGUUGGAGCAUGUGAGAGGCGGAGAGCUGUUCAAUAAAGUUCAGCGAGGACGUCUCAAGGAGGAUGCUGCUCGCAAGUACUUCCAACAACUGAUCUGCGCUGUGGACUUUUGCCAUAGCAGGGGUGUCUAUCAUCGAGAUUUGAAGCCGGAGAACCUUCUGCUUGAUGAGAAUAGCAAUCUCAAGGUGUCAGAUUUCGGUCUAAGUGCACUUGCUGAAUGCAAAAGACAAGACGGCCUGUUGCACACAACCUGUGGCACACCUGCUUAUGUCGCACCAGAAGUUAUCAAUAGAAAAGGUUAUGACGGUGCAAAGGCUGACAUCUGGUCUUGUGGGGUCAUCCUCUUUGUGCUACUUGCUGGGUAUCUCCCGUUCCAUGAUAAAAACUUGAUGGAUAUGUAUAAGAAGAUUGGGAAAGCAGAGUUCAAAUGUCCAAGUUGGUUCUCUACCGAUGUCCGAAGGCUUUUGCAAAGAAUUCUUGAUCCUAACCCCAGUACGAGGAUCUCAAUGGAAAAAAUCAUGGAGAAUCCAUGGUUUAGGAAGGGACUAAAUGCAAAACUACUCAGGUAUAACUUACAAACAAAGGAUGCCCCUCCUUUGGACAUGAAUGCAGAUUUUGAUUCUGUGAGUACCAUCGCAAAUACGGAGAGCAAGCAACAAGAAGCAAAGAAGCCCAUCAACAUGAAUGCAUUUGAUAUAAUAUCUCUAUCAACUGGUUUGGACCUGUCGGGUAUGUUUGAAGAAUCUGACAAAAAGAGAGAGUCUAAAUUCACGUCCACCAACACAAGCUCGACGAUCAUAUCAAAGAUUGAGGAUGUUGCAAAGAGUUUGCGGUUGAAGCUCACAAAGAAGGAUGGUGGUUUGUUGAAGAUGGAAGGUUCCAAGCCUGGAAGGAAAGGGGUGAUGGGCAUUGAUGCUGAAAUAUUUGAGGUUAGCCCGAACUUUCACCUUGUGGAGAUAAAAAAGGCAAACGGUGAUACUCUAGAGUACCAGAAGGUUUUGAACCAAGAGAUGCGGCCAGCACUAAAGGACAUAGUAUGGGCUUGGCAAGGUGAGCAGCCGAAGCAGCAACAGCAGCCGUGCUGUUAAAUAUUGUGACAAGUGCAAAACGUUGAUCGAGGCAGUUUCCAACAUUCAUGUAGUUUUUGUUUUUACCCUUUCGUCAUUUAUUUUUGUUCCCCUUGUAUUACCAAUAUAAGCUUCUGUAUUUCAAAGCUAAACAAUUGUCGUUCUCAUUUCGUCUAUUGGGAUUCAAAAACUGAAAUGAUGGUUUCACUUUUGACGCAAA